UCCAACUCGGAUUUUUUAACUCGUAGAAGCUCGAGAUCCAACUAGUAAAUUCUUAUCAAGCUCGAGAUGCAGCCCGUGAAUAUGGCUCGUUUGCACCCCUGCUUCCGUCCUUCUCCUUCACUGCACAUCAUCUCCUUCCGAUGAAGACAAGCGUUGCCUGGAUUUUAGUAUAAAUCCGUUUCCCCAAUUUGCACUUCAUCUCCUUCGAACCCUUCUACAUCUUAUUACAGGUGGGUGUGUUUUGUAUUUCCAGAGGGGGAUGUUUCUUGGCAGACUUUACAAGAUAACCUGUCCACCAAACCAUUUAACUGUGCAAUUUCAUCAUUUCUCAAAAACCCGAAAUGUGAAUAAGGUGAUCGUGUACCUUGAGAGAGCAAGGCUCAUCGAUUCUAUAAGACUUUGUCUUCGAUCGGACUCCACGGAGUCUCUAUCCGACCUCCUAAGGAACCCUUCCCUCGACUCGUUUGUAGUGACCAAUGCUAUUCGUUCAGCACCGUCUCCCGAGUCUGCACUGUUUUUCGUUGAAUCCCUAAAAGCAAUUCCUCAUUUUUCACACACUACAAACUCCCUUUAUGCAUUGGCCAAGGUUCUCGCCAGAUCAGGGCAGAUGGGUAAACUCCAAGCCUUGAUAAAUGGUAUUAAUACAGGGAAGUUCACAAACGUUGCACGUGUUAGUUACAUGGAUCGUAUGCGAUGGUAUGCUGCUGCUGGAGAUCUUGAUGAGGUUAAUAACAUAUGGAUCGAAUGGAAGAGAACUUUGCAGAAGAAGCAUCCAUGUACAGAAUCUUACAACAUAAUUAUUGAACUUUGUGCCCAAAAGGGAAAGGAUUUUGAAGCUGUGAAGGUUUUUAAGGGGAUGAUAAAUGAUGGGGCACUUCCAAAUUCUAGAACGUACACUGUUAUAAUCAACCAUCUCGUGACAUCUGGGAAAUUCGAUUCAGCUGUUCAAGUUUUCAAGAUCUUGCCACAGAUGAGGAUAAAGCGCACAUCGAAGCAGUAUUCUGUCAUGGUUGGAGCAUUAAUUAGAAAUGAGCAGUUGGAUGAUGUUAAAGAUCUGCUUGAAGAAAUGAGGGCUGAUGGGAUAUUGCCAGGCCGGGCUAUGCAGUGGGCUUUGCAAAAAAUGCAGGAGUCAGGUUACGAUGGGAACAUCAAUGCACUGAUUGAAGAAAUGCUUCCUGACAGAAGGAUUAAGAGCAUUUCAUAUUGCAUAGGAGAUUCGAAUGAGGACAAUGACGAUGAAGAAAAUGAUGAAGAUGUUUCAGACCAAUUUCAAUUGAAGCCGUGGAUGGACCCUGCUGCUUUGGCUAGUGCCUUGCAGAAUUGGGAACCUGAUGAGGUGUCAACUUUGGAGGAUGCACAGUUUGUAUGGACAACCCGGCUAGUCAGCAAGAUGAUAAGAAACAUUAAGUGUGCAGAAACAGCUUGGGAAUUUUUUUGCUGGGUUGCUUAUCAACCGCGGUUUACUCAUGAUAGCUACACAGUGUCGAGGAUGAUUGCCAAGCUGGCCCGUCAAGGAUGUGUCCAUUUAGUUGAUAAACUUUUGUCCAAGAUGGAAAGAGAAGGGCUACAACUGUCAUUUAUCACAAUCAAGUUAAUAAUUGAUUUUUAUGGGAUUUCUGGCAACAGUGAUGCUGCACUAAAGGUCUUCCGCAAUACAAAAACAGUGUGCGGUCCUAUUCCCAGAAACGGUUGGCUACUUCUGUAUUCAUCUCUUUUGAGGACAUUAGCGAAAUGCAAAAGGGAUGCUGCUGAUGUCAUCAUCAUACUUGAAGAGAUGAUUCUGCUUAAGAUUUUUCCGGACAGGCAAACAUAUUCUGGGCUGAUGCACCAUUUUGCACUUCAGGGGGAUAUCAGAACGGUCCAGACAUUGUUUGGGAUGGCAAGGCAGAGUGGGGUCGAGCCGGAUGGUUAUAUGUACAAGGUUGUCAUACAUGCAUAUUGUAAGUGUGAGAGGGCUUCUCUUGGACUGAGAGUUUUUGAGGAAAUGUGCAAUUAUGGACAACAAUUGGGUGAUUCUGCCACUAAAGACUUGCUUGUGAAGAGCCUUUGGAGAGAAGGGAAGCUCAGGGAGGCUGCCUCUGUGGAAGAGCGAAAUGAGGAGAUAAGCAAUGGUGCUUCUUUUGCUUUGCCAGGACACAUGUUCACCUUGAAUGCUUCGGACCUUGCAAGAGUUUAUGAGAUAUACUCUAGAAGUUUUGAGAACAAUGAACAAUUAUCCUUGGAUGUAAUUAUUGGUGGAUGAAGAGUAUAAUAAGGAGAUAAGUAAAAGACAUCAUUAAACUUGGCUCUUUAUAUCUCCAAUUUUGAUUGGGGCAACUUCUCUACAUUUAAUCAGCUCACUCAAACUGGACAGCCUUAAAUGCAUUUUAGAGACACCUGGCCAGAUUCCAAGGUGUCAUAACAAUUGUGGAUGUCGGGAUGGAAGUUAAUUGCAGGAGGCAUGGACUGGAGCACAUCUUAACCCCCUAUUUCUCGGGUUGAGAAUUUGCAUCUCUUUGGGGAGGGUGCACCUCCAGAUGCUACUUUUUUGCAGUUCAUCAGAUUGAGUUUUACAAGUUAAAACAAGCCAAAUCAAAUAUUCUCCGAGUUUCGAAAAAGAAGGGGUUCUUAUGACGGUGUAGGCAUCAGUGGCACUGCUCCUCUGGUAUCACAACAGAACAUAUGACCAAUUUGUUCUCAAACUUAAACAUGUUGGUGAAAUGAGCCACAUAUUCAUUAGGAGUCAAAAAUUGAAAAGUGUGGCUAUGUGUGACUUUUGUCAAGGCUUUGUGUUAGGUUUCUAUAGAAGAGUUGAAUUCAAGGGUUUUCAGCCUCACCAAGUUGGUUGAGAUUGUGUAAGUUGCUAUUAUUUGUCCUUUAUAGAGCACUCUCCUUCAUAUGUUAAUUUGAUGUAUUUACGGGUUUCGGUAAACAUUUUUUUUUAAUCUUUCCCAACACUACUUUAACAUGAAUCAUCAUCACAUUGGACGUUUUGGUAAAAAAUCUGGCUCAUACUCUCUGAUUGCUUUGCGGCCAUUUUACGGAAUAAAUCAUGCAGUUGUUUGUUAUCAUCUGAUCAACAUCUUUAUUAGAAUACUGUUAUUAGUCCUCAUUUAAAUGUGUGUAUGUCCAUUUCGUUCCUUAGUAUUUUAUCUCCAGGCGAGAACGGGUUGUGUUAAUUAUUUCUUGCCUUAUUAUAUUCACUUAUCUAAAUGUUUUCAGGUCUUUACCACAGCUGCUUAUGAUGGUUAAAGGAACAUUGUGCUGCUGGCAUUUGAAAUAAAGAAAAGAUUGUACGAGAAAAACUUAUUGAAAGCGACGAAAAGCGAGAUUAUGCGCAUAGCCCAGUUGAGCGAUGGCUAUGCACUAGGCUUUUCAUAAGCGAUGGCGUGUGAGAAAGUGAAACUUUCUAUCGCUUUCCCGGCUAGUGGUGAAGCGCAAAAGCGUUCGCUCUUCUGCGAUUCUCACUAAAAGCGGUCUUUGACCAGUCAACUAGUGUUAGUUUUUUUUUUUUUUUUGGAAAAAUUCACAUGAAUAAUCUCAACAGUCUUCCAAUAUUAAUCUCAAAUAUGCAUAAUUCUACCGUAAUCUAAAAUAUAUAAGUGGUCUUCUAUAAUUGAUCUCAGGCUACCAUCAACCUACUGAAUGGUGAAAGAAAAAAGGAAAAGGGAAAAUAAUAAACAGUUGUUCAAGAGCUUCUCUGCAGGAGAGGACUAUGUAGUAAGCACACGUGCACAUGAAAUCAAGUAUAGAAUUAAUUAGAUGGCUAUGAGGAAUAUGAAUUUCACAAUUAGUUUAAGCUUUAUCCAGAUAUGAUUGAUGUCAACUCUCCCACAUGUCAAGAGGCUUCCUUCUUCAAGUGAUACUGGAGAAUGGAGAUGAUGAUGAUAGAGUAGGACAGAAUUUCAAGGCGACUCAGAUGAGGAUGGAGGGGGUCCAUCUUUCGUUUCCUCGGAACUCGGAAGAGUUCUUCUGCCAAGUAUUGUGGGAAAUAAUACAUAAUCUGUACUCCAUUACAGUGAAUAAAACUUUCAGCUAUAAAGAUUUACAUCAAAAGCAUAGAGGCAGGGAGCUACAUAUGGUAUAUUGCUUAAUUUUAUGAUGAAUGUUUUCUCAUUUUGUGCCACAUUAGUAUUACUCUUUAUGACUAGUUACACACUUUUGGCUUAAUUAUGCAUUAUAUAUUUUAUUGUUAGGUUUUAUUAUAAGCGUCACUUUUGAUAGGAAAACUACGCUUCACUAUAAAAAACAACGCUUCGCUUACAGCUUUUGCUUUUAAGCAAAGACAUGCCUCAUCGCGCUUUUGUGCGCUUUUCGCUUUAAAAAACUUU